ACCGUCAGAGCCAUAUUAACGAGCAAAGUUGUUCCGGGCAGACAUACAGAAUUUAAUUUUUCGUGAACGGAAUAUUAUUCAAUAAAAGUUUUGGUGAGCAUGUUAGAUCAGAUAACAAGAAACAAGAAAGUUAAGGUUUCCAAAUCCAAAAGAGGUCCUUGGAAGGUGGAAGUUUCUUCCACUGCGAAAAAUACCAGGAAUUUCAUCAGGGAAAUUGUUGAUAACAUUAAAAUCGAGCCAAACCCUCAGAAGCAGUUGAUUUCAUUGUCCAUUGGAGAUCCAACAGUUUAUGGAAACUUGAAAACCUCCAAUGAAACUAUAGAAGCAGUCAUCAAAGCUGCUAGGGAAGGAGCCUUCAACGGCUAUGCACCAGCUGUCGGCUACCAAAAUGCAAGACAAGCAGUGGCGGAGUAUCUGUCAUUCGAUGGAGCCGAAUACAGUUACGAAGACGUCAUUCUUUGCAGCGGAUGUUCCUCAUCUCUGGAGAUGUGCAUCACCGUUUUGGCGGAUCCUUUGAAAGGACAAAACAUCCUGGUGCCGAGGCCCGGGUUUCCCAUUUACAGAACCCUUGCUGAGAGCAUUGGAGUAAAGGUGAAGUAUUAUGAUCUCAUACCAGAAAAAGACUGGGAAAUCGAUCUGGACCAUCUGGAGAGUUUGAUAGACUAUAAAACAGCGGCCAUAGUCUUAAACAAUCCAUCGAAUCCCUGUGGUUCGGUGUACUCAGAGGAUCACCUCAGGAAAUUGCUUGCCAUAGCUUACAACUACCAGAUACCGAUCAUAGCCGAUGAGAUUUACGACAGACUGGUCUUCCCAGGGCACAAAUUCGUUUCGUUGGCCUCCUUGAAUUCCUACGUACCGAUAUUGGUGUGUGGAGGAUUAGCGAAGAGGUUUCUGGUGCCAGGAUGGAGGCUGGGUUGGGUAGCCAUUCACGAUCCCAUCGGUGCCUUCGAUCAUGGAGUGAGGCAGGGCAUGGUUAAGCUCAGUCAGAGGACGAUCGGGAGUAAUACUUUGAUACAAGGAGCUAUCCCGAGCAUUUUGAAAGCGUCACCGCAAAAAUUCUUCGAUGGUCUUAUCGAUACUCUAGUAGAAAAUGCCAAAAUUUGUUACGAGAUAUUGAAGACUGCCAAGGGAAUCAUACCGUACAGACCGCAAGGAACCAUGUACAUGAUGGUGGAAAUAGAGUUGGAAAAGUUCCCGGAGUUCAAGGACGGUAUGACUUUUGGACAAAAAAUGAUCGAGGAAGAAUCUGUCUUUUGUCUACCAGGAGAGUGCUUCGAAAUACCUGGAUUCAUGAGAUUGGUACUGACAGUUCCUCAGAACCUGAUGGAAGAAGCCUGUGAUCGCAUUGUUGACUUUUGCAACCGUCACUAUUUAUUGUCCUAAUUUAUUUGAGUAGAUAUUAUAGUUAAGAUAUUUUUAUGUAUUCAUGUAUCCCGUUCGAUACUGGGAAUACUUUUAAAUUUAUGUUUUCAUGGCGAAAACUUGCUACUUCUGGUAUUUCAAACCAAGACUGGUUUUAAUUUCAUAUCUUUUUAUAAAUAAAUUGAAUGUAUCAGAUUAUUUUUUUCGAAUAAAACAUGAAUCUAA